AUGUCCUCUCGCGGUCCUGCCUAUUCCGUCGCCCGUCACCUAGCAAUAGACACGCCAUCCCCACCAGUAGCAGAGACGGCCGUCUGGCUGCGUCAAUACCCAAUCCCAUCGUCACCAUGGCACGCCGAUGCCCCGCGCUACCUCAAUCUAGCGCAGGGCGUCCCAUCUGGCAUGCCCACUGCAGCUAUGAGGGGUAAGAUGGCCGAGGAGGCAGCAAAAGACAAGCAUCACAGCUACGGACCGGCAAACCCGGGGCUGAUGGAGGCGCUGGCGCGCAAUCUCAAUGCCGUCUAUCGCGAUGGGGAUGAUAGAGGAAGGGGUGCCGUUACGACGAGCGAUAUAUGCUUGACAGCCGGCUGCAACAUGGCUUCUGAGUUUGCCUUCAGGACAGUAGCAGAGCUCGGAGCCAAUCAUGGGGUUGUUCUGCCCACGCCCUUCUACUUUAAUCACAGCAUGCAACUCCUUUCCCUCGCCAUUGCGCCGAUUCCACUACCAUGCUCUCCUUCAAAUGGCUAUCUUCCCUCGCCCACCGACUUCAACUCCCUCCUGGCAAAGCAUCGCGCCGACAGUUCCCUUCCCGAAGUGAGAGCUUUGGUCCUCGUCACGCCCAACAAUCCGACAGGAGCCAUCUACCCGGCAGAAUUGAUAGGAGACUUCGCAAAGAUUUGCAAGCAGGAAAAGGUAGCCCUCAUUCUCGACGAGACGUAUCGGGACAUGCUGGUGCCCGAGGGCGAGGAAGAGGUCCCAAAGGGAGGCAGUAUCAAGCAGGUCAGGCCUCAUGACCUCUUUAGCGAUGAGUUGGAGGGUGACACGGAGUGGCAGUGGAGAGACGCCAUUAUCCACCUUUACUCCUUCAGCAAAUCCUUUGCCAUCCCAGGUCACCGGCUUGGCGCAAUGGUAACCCACCCGCACCUCAUCUCUUACGCAACCGCUUCCUCGCCUGGUACGACUGCUGAGCCUCGCGGCGGCGGCGGGGAAAGUGUCCCGACGGAGAGUACCGUCGCUCCACCGACUCGUCGCGAGUUUGGCCCAUUGGCAAAAGCGCAAGACAACACCCUGAUCUGCGCGCCCCGUACGGACGUUCAAGCCGCCGUUGGGUGGGCGAUUGAGGAUCCUGGCGAGGUGGCGUGGAGGAGGGAUACUGGAGUCAGCCUGGUGAGAAGGGCUAGGCUAUUGAAAGAAGGACUCGAGAGGCAGAUUGAGCUCGCGACUCUAGGACUGGGACUGGAGGAGAAGGCAGGCGAGGCGAAGAGCCCCGCCGAGCUGGGCUGGAAGGUCGAGAGUGUGGGUGGCUACUACGCCUUUGUUUCUCAUCCCUUCCCCACGGCGGCCGUCCCAUCUGCGAAUGGCGGGCCAACCGUCAGCUCAACCCAAGUCGCCCGCGGUCUUGCCCUCCUCUUUGGGCUCGGCAUCCUGCCUGGGGACAUGUUCGUUCCCGCUCCUAACGACAAGGAUGAUGAGCAAGCUCGGGAGUCUCUGGCGAUUGGCGCUCGUCAUAUCCGCUUGUCAAAUGCGAAUGUCACGGAUGAGGAGGCACUGAGGACGGAGCUGCCGAGACGAUUGGUAGCUCUCACUAGACUGUGGGAGGUGAAAGGCUGUGGGUGGGGUGUCUGA